CGCGCCAUCAGCCAUGCCGUUCGCUAUGCUCGCCGGCGCCUCCGCCGCUGCUAAGGCACUUGCGCCCACAGCAUGCACAACCAUCGAGGAGGUUGGAUCCACUGGUGUCGGAGCUCUUACCCUCGGCUUCCUUGCCCUUGCUGUCUCCACCGUGGUGAUGGUUGCUAAGGCUGCUAGUGCUGAUGCCGAACGACGCAAGUUCUACUUCUGCAACACGUUCAUCUGCGGUGUCGCCACCUUCUCCUACUUUGCUAUGCUCUCGGGACAGGGAUGGACCGCUAUUGCUGGAUGCAGACAGUUCUUCUAUGCUCGUUAUGUCGACUGGCUCAUCACUACUCCUCUCCUUAUCCUUGACCUCGGCCUUGUCGCUGGUCAGGACUUCGUUACCAUCGCUGCCGUGAUUGGAGCUGACAUGCUCAUGAUCGUUGCGGGCUACAUGGGUGCUGUCUCUGUUGUCACCACCGUCAAGUGGUUCUGGUUCCUCUUCGGAAUGGCCAUGUUCCUCCCUGUUGUCUAUUCUCUCGCCAGGACCUUCCGCGAGACUGUCAUCACCCGCAAGGAGCCUGACAUGAUCGACCUCUACGGCAAGAUCGCUUGGCUCACCAUCAUCAUGUGGUCCUUCUACCCUGUUGUCUGGCUCUUCUCCGAGGGAUUUGCUUCCUUCUCCGUCUCCUUCGAGGUGGUUGCCUACACCAUCAUGGACAUCAUCAGCAAGUGUGUGUUCUCCUUCAUGAUCGUUUCUGCCCACGAUUCUCUUGGAUCCUCUUCGUCGGCACCAAGUCAGGCUCGCGAAUAUGUUUGAAGUAGUGAUUAACUCGAGGAGAUGAUAUAUUUUGGUUGUCUACAUGCACGUAAAUAAAGUUGACAUUCUAGCGG